UAAAUGGCUAAUUCAGGCGAAAGAAUAUCUAAAUUCAUCCACAAUUCAGGUUGGUAGUCUGAAUAAUAAAAGUUAAAUUCUAAAUUAAGAUCUAGAAGGACACUCGAAAAUAAAUACGAGAGAAAAUAAUGAUUAGGUUUACUAUAUUAACAUAUCAAACCCGAAAUAUUUUCAUUAAUGCCAAUCCAUACUUUAAAAAAUUUUGUGCUUGAGAUUAGGCUGACCUCAUCACCUUGUGUAGAGGCAGUUGGGUGUCAAUCCCCAUAAAUAUGGUGCUACCACGACAAUGUCAAGGUAGAAAAUAUACCUAGAAAGGUGGGAAAGUUGCAGAGGGUCACGAGGAUCUCCACUGUUCGAAGAAGAAAAGGAAGAGACUUGGUGUCUCAAAGGUUCUUACCAUAUGUUUUCACUUGCAUAUUUGUCCGUAAAAAAAGUUAAGAGAAAAGAACUAUUGAAGUAACUUCGAAGUUAGCUUUGUUUUGAUUUCUUAAUGAUUAAUUAUAAUAUUAUAUCCUCAUAUUAAGGUUAACAAUGAAAGAAGCUUCGAUCAGUUGACACGUGUCACACCAUGUCGGUAGUUCUUAAGUUGCCAUGUUUCAUCACUGUCUUCUCACUUCACUCCACCCCGUUCCAAAAGGUCAAUUAUGCUGUAAACUUCAAAGUCAGCUGCUUUGAUUCAAUCAGAUCUAGGGUUUCUAAAAAUCGUUCCCAAAUCAGGAAAGAUUAUAUGUAGGCUAGUUCUCAAAUCGUGCAAAUGUAGAUUUCGUCCAAAACCCAGAGCUUGAUUUUGAUGUUUUACCCCGAGAUGGAUCCGACCUGGUUUGAACCGUCGGUAAGAAGAAUUCCGAGAAGGGUCUGGUUAGGGUUUCAAAAAUCAAUGGGAGUCCUCGUGGGUGGAAAUCACACUUCGUCCAGGUUUUGCACACGAUAAUCUUUUUCUCUAGCUUCUCGAUUUCGAUUACUCUCUCAAAGAUUUUCUUUUACAAUUAAGAAUCGCAAAUUCGUUACAAGAAAAUUGUUCUCCUACAACUCAGAUCCUUUGAUCCAAAAAAUCUACUCUUACGCGUUUAAGAGUGAGAUAACGGAAAAAAUAAGGGGCAAUCACGAUGGAGUUGAAGCCCCUGAAAUUUCCGAUCUUUCAUGGACCCAUAGCAAGGCGUGUGCUUUUACGAUCUUUCUUAAUCGCCUUAGCUCUGUCCAUAAUACCUUUGGUGCAGAUUUUGACCGGGCCGUACUUGAAAAUGUUUGCGCCCAUUACCUCCGGUGACUGCGCCAUGCAUCUGACAGAGUUAACUGCCAACUUCACUCCAAGUUGGUACAUAUUUCAGGGUCGCCAGCUGAACCCCAUUUGGAGUUCCAUUGAACCGACGCAAUGCAAGGAAUAUAUGAAUUUGACUGUUAAUGUGGUCAGAGAGCUAAGGAGUACUCAACUGUUGAGUAAUGGUGGAAAAGCUCUCUGCAUUGGUGAAGGGUCGGCUUUGGCUGUGAAGGCAUUGAAAAAUUUGGGAUUCUCUGAUGCCUAUGAUGUUGAUGAACACCGAUUUUUCUCUCUUAAGCGCAGGCAGUUUGUAUACAAGAUUGAUUACGAGGAAAAAUCAUUUGAUUUCGUCUACUCUAGAGAUCUAGAUAUGGUCUCUGCCCCUGCGCUUCUUGUGCUCGAGAUCGAGCGUGUUCUUAAGCCUGGUGGAGUUGGAGCUGUGCUAGUCGGGAAAGGCGGUGGUUCAACACAAAAUGGCCUUAUCAGAUCGGCUACCGCUAUAUCUUCAGUACUGAAAACUUCCAGCAUUGUGCACGCCAUUCGAUUAAGUAACCUCACUCUAGUUGUAUUCAAGAAAAGAACGGAAAAUGCUGGAUACUUCCAGCGAUACCGCCUUCCAGCAGACUGCCCGUCUCUCACUAACAAUAGACCUUUCAUAGAGCAAAUGGAGCCUCUUGUUAAGGAUAUGCAGAUUGGUUACGAGAAAAACUUCUCUUAUCUGCCAAAAUUUGUGGACCUUUCCAUGAAGAAACGGUUGGUUUAUGUUGAUAUUGGAGCAGGGAAGCAUCUGAACUCAAAUGUGACAGAUUGGUUCCCUCCUUCCUACCCUGUGGAACGCAGCGCUUUCAGUGUUUAUUUUGUUGAUCACAACACUUCGGUUUUGAUGUCCUAUGUUAAGAAGCCUGGCAUCAGCUUUGUUUAUCAUCCUGGUCUUUCUGGAGCCAACCUGAAUGUUAGUGUUGAUGGGGAUUUGGAGCCGUAUUUGGGGGAUACAGGUUUCGAUUUUCUAGCUUGGUUCAAGGAAACAUUGCAAUAUGCAGAUUUUGUGGUGGUGAAGAUGAAUGCCGGAAAAGUGGAAUUGAAAUUCCUCACAGAAUUAUUUGAAAGCGGGGCCAUUUGCUAUGUCGACGAGCUGUUUCUUCAUUGCCCAGUUUUUAUAGAUGGUGAAGGUGCAAACUCCAUGGAUUGUAUGGACCUGUUCAGUGACCUUCGCAACAGUGGUGUGUUUGUCCAUCAGUGGUGGGGAGGAGGUAACUAUAGUUCCACUUCCACUGGUGUUUGGUGAAAACCGAAAAGCAGGAUUGGUUCUGUGUUUAAGUUGGCAUGUCUUAGGUGUCAUGAACAUUGAAGUUGCCUUAUGGUUGGGCGCUUCUUAUCUAAAUAAGCAACCAUUUUGAUGUCUGUUCUGUGCUGUGUUGUGUUGUGUACUUGUGAUAUUUUGUUCGAGAUGCUUUGUAGUUAAGCAUUUUGAACUAAAUAAAAAGUGAAAACCAAGCUCACUUAUGAGUUUGUUAAUAAUAUAUAUUGUGUUUGUGUUGUGAUA